UGCUCUUUUAAUUAAAGCAAUGCAGCAGGGGAAAUUGCUGUCUGAAUAAUGUCUCGGAGAUGGGGGCCAGUGACAGUUGCCUGGAAACUUCAAUCUGUUCCCCCCGCAUUUAUUCCAGAUCACAGUUAUGAGAUAAAGUUUAAUAAAAAUCGUUUCCUCUGCCGCCAACGAAAUGAAAUCCAACCCUUUCUGAACGAGUGAGCACAAUGAGGCCGGACUGCGGAGGAAACCUCAUGUUCAACAUGUAUCUCUCAGAUCCAACAGAGAAUCUGUUGAAAGAAACCAAAGGGACUUCGUGGGGUCCAUUAAACACCGGAGUACAGAAAGGCAGCGGGCAGAUCCAGCUGUGGCAGUUCCUCCUGGAGCUGCUCUCCGACAGCACCAACAUGUCCUGCAUCGCCUGGGAGGGAACCAACGGCGAGUUCAAGCUCAUCGACCCGGACGAGGUGGCCCGACGCUGGGGGGAGCGCAAGAGCAAACCCAACAUGAACUACGACAAGCUGAGCCGCGCGCUGCGCUACUACUACGACAAGAACAUCAUGACUAAAGUGCACGGCAAGAGGUACGCGUACAAGUUCGACUUCCACGGCCUGGCGCAGGUGUGCCAGCCCUCCACCACGGAACAGGCGCUCUACAAGUUCCAGGGCAACUUUUCCCCGAUUCCCUUUUCAGGGAUCUCCAAACUGAACCUCAUGGCUCCGGCCGUGGGGCCCUCGGGCUUCUCCUACUGGCCCGGAUCCGCACCCACAGCGCUCUACCACAGCCACAACCUGCAGCCGCCGGGGCCCUUUGGCACAAUGUCCCCGUCCCACGUCAGCUGUGUCAACCACAUCAACGGCCUGAGCGCCGUCAACGGUCACUACAACUGACCACAGGGGGGCGUCUGUGGGUCACACAGGACUGUGAGGACAGUGGUGGAGGAGGGAGGAGGGAAGGGGGAGACGGAGAGAGGAGAGGAAGGCUGAGGGAGGAAAAAGGCAUCUUAAAUUCUCACCCAAUAAAAGUAAAAACAAGUAAAUAAAUGAGUGAAUCGGUAAAUAGACAGAAAUAAAAACACGUUUUUGUUG